CUGACCCACCCGAAAGGAGGGUUCCUGUGACAGGUCCCUGAUGCAAAAGCUGCCAUUUGCUGCUAAGAGAGCAGCAGUGACCUCCAAGCCAGUGUCCAGGUCCAUUGAUUGCAGUGCAGGAAUUGAUGAACUGACGGGACCAUGACCUCCUCCUCCAAUGCAGGGAACAAUGGGGACUGGUAACCCAGACAGCACUGAAAUGGGGACAGGCCUAUAGAAGACACUGAGAGUGAAUUAUCUGCAUAUUCAGCCCAACGCAAGCAGAGAUUCCGGGUGCUUGGAGAGUGGGAGGCCAGCCAUCGUAGCAUUCUCCCUAAAUCCUGACUGACUCGCUCUGUUUGUCCAUUAGUCUGAGGGUGCGACCCUGAAGAGAGACUGAGGGAAUCACGAACAGUCUACAAGAUCCCCUGCAAAACUGCGGACCCCUGUCAGAAACGACAUCCGUCGGCAGACAAAGGAGUCGGAAAACAUGAUCAAGAAGGAGCUGAGCUGUCUCCUUACCUGAAGUGUGGUUGGUUGAAACAAAAUCGUCUGGAUUUGUACAUUGUGGACCUGCAUCUUCCACCUCUGUUUGUAAUGGAGUACUUUUGUGAGUAUCUUCCCCAACACAUAAGAGUCAGAUUGUGAAACAAUCUGUGGAACCGGUUUAUAUACAACCAUAAUCAUCUAAGCGAUGGAUCACCAUUCCCAUGGAGAGACCCAGACCUCGCUCACUGACCUCUUGCUGGAUUAUCUAAAGGAUCUCAGUGAUGAAGAGUUGAAGGAGUUUAAAUUGCGUCUCCCAGUGAAUAAAGAGUUAAAGCCCCUUCCCAAGGGUCAGAUGAAAACCUUGGGCAGAACAGACUUCGCCGAAAUGAUGAUGAAUUCCUACAGUAAAGCCGGGGCUAUCAAAGUCAUGCUUGAGAUCCUGAAGAAGAUGAACUUGAAUGACCUUGCUCAGAGACUGAAGGAAGACCUGCAGAAGUGUAAGCAAGCAGGAAGUGAGCAGAGUGACAUGUUGGAGACGAGGCAACUCAUGUUGCACAAAAUAAAAUGUUCCUUGAAAGAGAAAUUUGAGUGUGUGUAUGAAGGGAAAGCUAAGGAAGGACAGCGAAUACUUCUCAGUGAGAUUUACACAGAACUCUACAUAACUGAAGGUGGGACUGGAGCAGUCAAUGAGGAACAUGAAGUGAGACAGAUUGAAACAGCAUCCAAGAAAAGGCGAACAGAAGAUACUACAGUCAAGUGCAAUGAUAUAUUUAAACCCUUAUGUGGGCGUGAGACACCUAUCAGAACUGUACUCACUAAAGGGGUGGCAGGUAUCGGGAAAACAGUCUCUGUGCAGAAAUUUAUUCUCGACUGGGCAGAAGGAAAAGCAAACCAGGAUGUUCACUUCAUAUUUGCUCUUCCUAUCCGGGACCUGAAUUUGAUUAAGGGUGAAUACAGUCUGAUUAAACUGCUUCACCGCUUUGUCCCAGAACUGAAAUCACUUGAUUCCACUGAGCUGUUUAGGUACAAAGUCUUGUUCAUCUUUGAUGGUCUGGAUGAGUGUCGCCUUCCUCUGGAUUUUCGGAACAAUGAGAGCUGGUUUGAUGUAACAACAAAAAUGUCACUGGAUCUGUUGUUGACUAACCUCAUUAAGGGGAAUCUGCUCCCAUCCGCUCUCCUCUGGAUAACCUCCCGGCCAGCAGCAACCAAUCAGAUACCUGCUAAGUAUGUCCAUCAGGUGACAGAGAUACGAGGGUUCAGUGAUGCCCAGAAGGAGGAGUAUUUCAAGAAGAGAUUUAAUGAUCAGAGCCUGGCCAGCAGGAUUAUCACACAUGUGAAAUCAUCAAGGAGCCUCUUCAUCAUGUGCCACAUACCUGUGUUCUGUUGGAUUUCAGCCACUGUGCUUAAGAGGCUUUUUACUGAGAAUGACAGGGGAGAAAUUCCAAGGACUCUGACUGAAAUGUACACACACUUCCUGAUUCAUCAGGCAAGUUUUAAAAAAGACAAGUAUAUGAAAAACUAUGAAAGCAAGCUAAAUGAAAACAGCAAGGAAUUCCUUUUGAAACUUGGUAAAUUGGCUUUUGACAACCUUGAGAAAGGCAAUCUCAUAUUUUAUGAGCAAGAUCUGACAGAGAAUGACAUUGAUGUUACUGAAACUUCAGUUUACUCUGGAGUGUGCACAGAAGUCUUUAAAGAGGAGUAUGGGUUGUACCAAGAGAAGGUGUACUGCUUUGUGCAUCUGAGCAUCCAGGAGUAUCUCGCUGCUUUAUAUGUGUUUCUGUCAAACUCAUCAGCUGACCUGCUGAAGACUGCAGUGGAUCAGGCAUUAGAGAGCAAGAAUGGACACUUGGACCUCUACCUCCGCUUCCUGCUGGGCCUCUCAACAGACUCCAGUAAGACUCUGUUACAAAGGCUACUGGGGCCGACAAAAACCAGCUCACAUAACAUUAGGAGUACAGUGAAAUACAUCAGGGAGAAAAUAAAGGAGAAUUUAUCUCCAGAAAGGACCAUCAACCUGUUCCACUGUCUGACUGAACUGGGUGACAAUUCUCUAGUAGAGGAAGUACAAAGAUACCUGAAUUCAGGAAACAUUUCAGCAGAUGACCUCUCACCUGCACAGUACUCAGCUCUGGCCUUUGUGAUGCUGAUGUCAGAUGAGGAGCUGGAUGUGUUUGAUCUGAAGAAAUACAUCAGAUCGGAUAAACAGCACUGCAGGCUGCUGCCUGUGGUCAAGAACUCCAGGACGGCUCUGCUGAACAGCUGUGAUCUUAUAGAUAAACACUGUGAAGUGCUGUCUUCAGCUCUCAGAUCAAACUCUUCCCCCCUGAGAGAGCUGGACCUGAGUGACAAUAACCUGAAGGAUUCAGGAGUGAAGCUGCUCUCUGCUGCACUGGGGGAUUUACACUGUAAACUGGAGAUACUGAGGCUGUCAGGCUGUAGAGUCACAGAAGAAGGCUGUUCUUCCCUGGCUUCAGCUCAGAGGUCAAACCCCUCACAUCUGAGAGAGCUGGACCUGAGCUACAAUCACCCAGGAGACUCAGGAGUGAAGCUGCUCUCUGCUGUACUGGAGGAUCCCAGCUGUAAACUGGAGAAGCUGCAGGUGGGCCGGUGUGAACUCACAGAGAAAUGCUGUGAGGCACUGGCAUCAGCUCUCAGAUCAAACUCCUCACCCCUGAGAGAGCUGGACCUGAGUGACAAUGACCUGCAGGACUCAGGAGUGAAGCUGCUCUCUGCUGGACUGGGGGACAUACACUGUAAACUGGAGAUACUGAGGUCAGUUUUACUGGGUAUUCCACACUGUAAACUGGGGGUAGUGAGGUGAGUAUUACUGGGUAUUUCACACUGUACAGUGGAAAUACUAAGGUAGAAAAUAACUAAUGAUUUCAAAAUAAAGCAGGAGUAUCUAAGUCUAGGGGUUGACUUAAAAAAUAACAUUAGACUCGCUACAGUAAGUGGAAUGUCGAAAGUAAGACUGCAUUG